UUAUUUUUAACAAAAGAGUCACUAAAAGGAGUAUUAAAACAAGUCAAACUUAACAAAUUGAAUUUAAAAUGGACAACUAUUGUGAGACAAAGUCACAAAAAGAUGAGUAUGUAACAGCUUUCAAAAAACAAUGUAAAACAAGAAAACCUAAUCAAAAACACCUAACAACAUUGUAACCAAAUUAUUGUUAAUAACACAAAAAUGUCUAAAUUCAAACAAUUUCCCUAGGAAAAAGGAAGGCUUCCAACUUCAUAUAGAUGUCACCAACCAUUUACAUAAAAAUAUAUCCUCUCAUUUUCUCAUCCGUUUUUUUUCUUUUUCUUUUUUUUUUUUUUUCCUCCUCUUUUUCUUUAAUUUCCUCUUUUUCAUUUUUAUACCAUCACAAAUUUUCUCCAUUUUCUCUUCCUCUUUGUCUUCCUUUUAACCUAAAUCUAUUUCCUCCUUCAAAAACAAAAGAAAAAAGGUCUUUAAACUUAUAGACAACCUUCCCUAAAAAUGGGAGGUUGCAUUUCAACAUUCCCCCCUAAUGGAUCAAGACACCUAAGAAGAAAAGGCGAUGUCAAGAAUGGCUCGAAGAGAUCCCGGGGCUUACCGGAGGAUCACAACAACGUGCCAGGGAGGAAAUCAAGGUCAUCAACCACCAACUCGAGGUUGAUCACCGUGUUAGGAGACUCAUGCAUAGGGAACAACAUAAAACAAAAGUACGCGUUUGGGAAGGAGUUAGGAAGGGGGGAGUUUGGGGUGACCUACCUAUGCACGGAGCUUGAUACCGGGGAGAACUACGCUUGCAAAACGAUAUCGAAGAGCAAGCUUAGGACGGAGGUUGACAUCGAGGAUGUUCGAAGGGAGGUUGAGAUAAUGAGACAUUUUCCUAAGCACCCUAAUAUUGUUGCAUUUCAAGAGGCUUAUGAAGAUAAAGAGGCUGUUUAUUUGGUCAUGGAAUUAUGUGAAGGUGGUGAGCUUUUUGAUAGGAUUGUUUCUAGGGGACAUUAUUGUGAGAGGGCUGCUUCUCAAGUUGUUAGGACAAUUUUGCAAGUCGUUAAGGUUUGCCAUGCACAUGGAGUCAUACACCGGGAUCUCAAGCCUGAAAAUUUCUUGUUUGCGAACAAAAAUGAAAACGCUGCCCUUAAAGCAAUUGAUUUUGGGCUCUCCAUUUUUUUCGAGCCGGGUCAGCGAUUCAACGAGAUUGUGGGAAGUCCAUAUUACAUGGCACCUGAAGUUCUAAGAAGGAAUUAUGGACCCGAGAUCGAUGUAUGGAGUGCAGGCGUUAUCCUUUACAUAUUACUUUGUGGAGUUCCCCCCUUUUGGGCAGAGACCGAAGAAGGAAUAGCACAAGCAAUUGUAAAAGGAGUGAUUGAUUUUGAUAGAGAUCCAUGGCCAAGAGUAUCUCCACUAGCAAAGGAUCUUGUAAAGCAUAUGCUUGAUCAAAAUCCUUACAGUCGAAUGACUGUCGAUGAAGUCCUAGAACACCCUUGGAUGAAAAAUGCCAACAACAAUGCCGAUGUUCCAUUAGGCCAUAAUGUGAGAACAAGGAUCAAGCAAUUCUCCUUAAUGAACAAAUUCAAGAAGAAAGUUUUGAGAGUUGUAGCAGAUACUUUACCAGAUGAACAAGUAGAAAAGCUAAGAAGAACUUUUAAUAUGAUGGACACCGAUAAGAACGGGAGCUUGAGCUUUGAAGAGCUCAAACAAGGCCUUCUUAAGCUUGGACAUGUUCUUCCUGAUUCCGAUGUUCAAAUGAUCCUAGAUGCUGCGGAUUUGGAUGGGAAUGGAACCUUAGAUUGUGGAGAAUUCUUAACACUAUCAAUCCACCUCCAAAAGAUGGGUGAUGACGAACAUCUUCAACGCGCUUUCAAGUACUUUGACAAGGAUCAUAGCGGCUACAUUGAGUUUGAAGAGUUAAAAGAAGAGUUGCUUUCAGAUGAUGCCAAUGAAGGUACCAAAAAUGAGCAAGUCAUACGAGAUAUUCUUUUCGAUGCAGACUUGAAUAAGGAUGGUCGAAUAGACUACAACGAGUUUAAAGCUAUGAUGCACAGUGGAAUGGAUUGGAAGAUGUGUUCUCGUCAAUACUCAAAGGCCAUGUUUAACAAAUUGAGCACCAAGUUGUUCAAUCAUUCUGGGCUAUUAAAAUGACUUUCAGAUCUUGUAGCUUGUUUGUUAAUUUUUGAUGAUCCCACAUUGUAUUUUUGGCCUGCUCUUCCACCAUACAGGUACAUAACAAAGAGGAAUAGAUUUAUGUAGUAAGAAAUUAGAGAUAAUUAAUCACGCAUUAUGGAUUUCGUGAUGCUUGUACUUAUCUAAUCAAGG